GAGGUCAGUAACUGAACACUACUCGGCUUACCUAAGUGCGACUCUAAAACACUGGGUAAAUCUAUUUAAAAACAGAAAGUGAAAGUAACAACAGUGAAAAUGACUUCCGCGGAGAUGGACGUAGGGAAGUACUUGUCGCGCAUUAACUUCUCGUCCAGCAGCGUUCCAGCGGAGCCCAGUCUGCCGCUGCUGCGCGCGCUGCACACCUGUCACCUGCGGGCGGUGCCGUUUGAAGACCUGACGGUCCACAGCGGGGGACGGGUCCACUUGGAGCUCCCUCUGCUCUACCACAAGAUAGUGGUCCAGCACCGAGGCGGCUUCUGCUGUGAGAACAACUCCCUGUUCUCCUGGCUGCUGACCCAGCUCGGCUUCCAGGUGACCCUGCUCUCCGGCCAGGUGAGGAACUCCUUCACGGGCUUCUACGGGCCGCCAUGCGACCACAUGGUCCUGAUGGUGUGCGUGGGGGGCCGGCGCUGGCUCUGCGACGUCGGGUUCGGGGUCCCCGGGUUCAGCACCCCCCUCUCUAUGGAAACCAAUGGCCCCCAGGUGCAGGGACACAGAGUCUAUCGCAUUAGGAAGAGCGAGGAGAUGCACUUUGUGGAGUGGCGAGGGGAUGAAAACAGAGGCGAGGAUGGAGAGUGGACAGAGAUCUACAAGUUCACCUUUGCCCCUCGGUGUCUGGAGGACUUCACUGAGAUGUGCCAGUACCACCAGAGCUCUCCUUCUUCCAUUUUCUUCUGCAAGUCCCUCUGUACCAUCUUGAAACCUUAUGGAAGGAUCACUUAUAUUGGCCGCAGGCUGAUUACAGUCAUAUUUCCAUCAGAGGCAACAGGCGGCAUGGUGGAGACAACAACCAGGGAGCUCCAGGAUGAGGAGAUUCCUGCUAUUCUAGCAGAGAAAUUUGGGAUUGUACUUCCAUCUACGCUUAUCCCAAAGGAUGAUACAAUAACUCCACCUGCAGUGAUUUACUGACGUCACACAUAGGACCUAAAUUUGUGAUACAUUCCUCAAGUAGGCUUGAAAAGUGCCAAUUCUAUUUUAUUUGUUGAAUCAUGCAUAUUAUCCAAACUUAAGACUGCGAAUAUAUAUAUAUAUUUAUAUAAUUUUAAAGGACAUUCAUUCAUCUAAUUUUGAGACUUUGACUCAUCCAAAUCUACCUGCUGAACAACCAAACAUUGAUUGAAAACACACAGAACAAGACAGAUAAACAGCAAUGUUGAUUUUAAUAAAUUAUACAUACACUUUUAAGAUGUACAAUGGUCAUUGCAUUAUUCCACAAGUGUCAUUUUUCAUAAGACAAAGUCUGCAUCCGAAGUAUUUACACAUGUACAAUUAUCAGGCAGCGCUUUACAAAGCAAGGCAUGAAUGAUGAUACAGAUGUUGGGCUUCAAAUCAAACCUUUAACUUUCUUGCCUUAACAGUUUGAGAUAUUACUCAGCGGUCCCACGAUUAGGACUAUAAUACAUUUUCCCAUCUCAUCUUUCAUGAGUAUGAAAAAAAAAAAAAAAACAACAAAACAAUUGAACAUCAUCCAUGAAAAUCCAAUAAGAUCUGGAGGAAAUUCAAAUAUCAACUGUGAGGGCCGAGUCGAAAAA